UAGUCUAGGAAACAGGUCACUCCCUAAUGCCAACAACCUACAGAUUCCAGUUCUAUGACUCUGGUCUGAAGUAAGCAAGGAAAAGCACAUUAGGAAGAACUGAACAUCAACCCUACAUAGUGUGUUUCUGUGAAGCAGAACUUUGUUUAAAGGUUUAUACUUACCUAGGUAUAAGUAUUUCUGCUUCCCGUUGGAGACAGUUAUUCAGCCUCUAUGGCCUUUCACGAUCUCCUGAAUCUGGUCGGAGGCAUGGGGAGAUUUCAAAUCCUUCAGAUGGCUUACUUUCUGAUCUGCAAUAUCAUGUUGACACCUCAUAUACUGUUGGAAAACUUCACUGCAGCGAUCCCUGGUCAUCGAUGCUGGGUCUCCAUCUUAGAUAGUGGCAACGUCUCUGACAAUGACAGCAGGAUCCUGAGCCAAGAUGACCUCCUGAGAAUCUCCAUUCCCUUGGACUCCAACCUGAGGCCAGAGAAGUGUCGUCGCUUUGUUCAACCACAGUGGCAUCUCCUACCUUCUAAUGAUACCUUCUUCAAUGUGAUAGAGCCAGAUACAGAGCCCUGUAAGGAUGGCUGGGUGUAUGACCAAAGCACUUUUCUCUCCACCAUUGUGACUGAGUGGGACCUGGUGUGUGGAUCUCAGGCAUUGAGAUCAGUCGCUAAAUUUGUGAUCUUAUUUGGCAUUUUGACAGGAAGUAUCCUAGGUGGCUACAUAUCAGACAGGUUUGGGAGGAAGUUAGUCUUCAGAUGUGCUUUACUCCUAAUGGCCAUCACUGGGACCUGUGCAGCUUGGGCUCCCACCUUCCUCAUCUACUGCUCACUUCGAUUCCUGAUAGGGAUUUGUGUUCUAGUAACAACCUCAAAUAGUCUUUUUCUCAUGAUAGAAUGGACAAGCCCUAAAUUCCAAGCCUUGGUGACAACACUGUGGGGAUGUUCUUCUGCUUUUGGAAACACAGCAAUGGCAGGCCUGGCAUUUGCAUUUCGAAACUGGCAGCACCUCCAGCUGGUAAUGUCUGUGCCACUAUUUUUCUUCCUUAUACCUACAAGGUGGGUGUCAGAGUCAGCUCGGUGGCUUAUUGUGACUGACAAACCCCAAAAGGCCUUAAAGGAACUUCAAAAAGUUGCAUGCAAGAAUGGAAUGAAGAAUUCUGAAGACAUCCUUACCAUGGAGGCCUCCACAAGAUGGAGGACCACUGGCUGGAGGAUCCCUUUGCUGGCUGUGCCUCAGGUUGUGAGAACCACCAUGAAGAAAGAAUUAGAGGUUGCACAAAACAAACCUUCUCUGUGUGACUUGUUCUGCACACCCAACUUGAGAAGGCGUGUGUUUCUGCUGUCCCUUUUGAGAUUCAUAUCAGUGAUACCUCUUGUUGGCUUCAAUGUCCACCUCCACCACCUGACAAGUAAUACCUUCCUAAUCGUAUGUCUCAGUGGUGCAGUGUCAAUCCCAGCCAGUGUUGUUGGACUAUUUUUCCUGAAUCACUUUGGCCGAAGAAUAAGUCAAUUAGUUAUUUGUUUCCUGCUUGGAAUCUUCAUUCUGGGCACAGUGUAUGUGCCUCAAGAAAUGCAAACCCUGAAAUCGAUUUUGAUAACACUGGUGGCAGCAACUUCAAUUGUGGCUAUGAGCAGUUUUAAUCUGCAUUCAAAUGAGCUUCUUCCCACUGUGAUCAGGGCAACAGCAAUGGGAUUCAUUGGAACUGCUACUAACUUGGGGGCGUCCCUGGCUCCUCUUUUUAUGAUGCUCACAAUAUACUAUGCCUCAUUGCCCUGGAUCAUCUAUGGAGUCCUCUCCAUUCUCUCUGGCUUUCUUCCCCAUCUUCUUCCUGAGACCAAGAAUCAGCCUCUGCCUGACUCCAUCCAAGAUGUGGAAAAUGAGUGUAAAAGGUCAAGACAAGCAAGACAGGAAGAUGCCAUCAUCAAAGUGACACGGUUUUAAUGGAACUCCAAGGAUUGGCCUCUGAUCAAACAGCAAAAUGAAGAAAAUGUCACUUAGAGUGGGUGGCCCAAGAAUCACUUGCCUCUGACCCAAUCUAUUUCAUGAUGCUAUUUUUUGACAACUGAGUUUCACUUCAUCCUGUAAAUGUACCACAUUUCCAUUACCCAUUCUUCAGUUGAGGCAAUUUAGGUCAUUUCCAGUUUCUGGUUAUUAUGACUAAAUGACUAAAUGGUAUGACUAGUGGUAUGGUGGAGCGUCCUUUGGAUAUAUGCCUGAGAGAGGGUUGGUGGCUCUCAAAGUAGUUUGAUUCCCAAUUUUCUGAGAUCUCACCAUAUUAAUUUCCAAAGUGGCUAUACAAGUUUGCACACCAAUGGAGUGCAAUGGAGGAGUUUUUCUCUUCCACAUCCUCACCAGCAUGAGCUGUCACUUGUGUCUUUUAUCUUUUCCAUUGGUCCUGAUGAGUAAGGACAUUGAACACUUCUUUAAGUGUUUCUAGACCAUCAAAGAGAAUUGAGAAUUCUGUUUAGAUCUGUACCCCAUUUUUAAUUAGAUUAUUUGGUUUGUUAAUGUUAGUCUCUUAAGUUUUCCAGAUAUUUUGAAUAUAUUUGUUAUAUAUAUGAAGUUGUCGAAAAUCUUUUUGCAUUCUGCGAGGUAGUGUUAUCCUAUUGAUGGUGUCACUUGCCCUUCAGAGCUCUUCAGGUUCAUGAGGCCCCAUUCUUAAUUGUCAGUGGUAGUGAAUGUGCUAUCGAUGUUUCUGGUUUUCUGUUGAGACCCUUGGAUCAUUGGAGUUUAACGCAGAGAGAUAGACAUGGUGAUUUCUACAUGCUCAUAUCUAGAUGAUGUCAAAUAAUUAUUAGCAUUUGUUAAAGACACCUUCUUUUAUUUUUAUUUUGUAUCGAUGGAUUCUCUGAAAAAAACAGGUGUUCAUAGUUUUAUGGAUUUCUGUGUGGGUCUUUUGUUCAAUUCCAUUGAUGACUCUCUCUGUUUUCAUGCAGGUACCACACAGUUUUUACUACUAUAGCUCAGUAGCAGAGCUUGAAAUCAGGGUUAGGGGCACAUCCAAAAGUUCUUUUAUUAGAUGAGAUUGUGUAGCUAUACUGGGUCUCUUGUUUUGUUUUGUUUUAAUAUAAAGUUGAGCAUUGCUUUUUUCAAGGUGUGUAAAGAAUUGUGUUGGAAUUGAUGGGGAUUGUGUUCAAUCUGUAGAUUUUUUUUUUUUGGUAUGGUGAACAUUUUCUUUAGAAUGUUUUUUUCUUUUGUUCUUUUUCUUUUUAUUAAUUACAGUUUAUUCACUUUGUAUCCCAGCUGUAGCCUCCUCCCUGAUCCCCUCUGAAUCCCACCCUUAUUCUCUCUCUUCUCCUAUGCGACUCCCCAGUCCAAUGAUAGGAGAGGUCCUCCUCCCCUUCCAUCUGACCCUAGUCUAUGAGGUCUUUUCAGGAAUGGCUCCUUUGUCUGCCUCUGUGGACUGAUAAGGUGGCUACCCUCCUCAGGCGGAGGUGAUCAAAGAGCCAGCCACUGCGUUCAUGUGAGAGACAGUCUCCUAUUAUUGGGGAACCCUCUUGGACACUGAGCUGCCAUUGCUAUUUCUGUGCAGGGGUUCUAAGUUAUCUCCAUGCAUAGGCCUUGUUUGGAGUAUCAAUCUCAGAAAUGUCCCCGCUGCUGAGAUUUUUUUUUUUUUUUUUUUUUUUUUUGGUUCUGUUGCUCUCCUUGUGCAGCUCCUGUUCCCUCCAGGUCUUUCUAUCUCCCCCUUCUUUCAUAAGAUUUCCUGCACUCUGCAAAAAGUUUGGCUAUGAAUCUCAGCAUAAUGUCUUGAUACCCUGCUGGGUAGAGGCCCUCUGUGAUAGGCUCCUGUACUGUUUCCUGUUUUCUCCCUCUUCUAAUGUCCAUCUCGUUUGUCUUUCUGAAUGAAGAUUUGGAUUCUUACUGGGAUCCUCCUUCUUGAUUAGCUUCCUUAUGUGUACAGGUUUUUGUAUGAUUAUCCUAUAUUAUAUGUCUAAUAUCCACUAUAUAAUAUCUAAUAUAUAAGAGCGUAUAUACCAUAUGUGUCUUUCUGCUUCUGGGGUACCUCACUCAGGAAAAUAAUUUCUAAAUCCUACCAUUUGCCUGCAAAUUUCAUUAUUUCCUUGUUUUUUAAUUAAAUUUUUAAUUUUUAAUAGUACUUACAGUUUAUUAACUUUUUAUCCCAGCUGUAUCCUACUCCCUCAUUCCCUCCCCAUUCCACCCUUCCUCCCUCAUCUUCUCCCUACCCCUUUCCAAGUGCACUGAUAGGGGAGGACCCCCUCCCCUUUCAUCUGAUCCUAGCUUAUCAGGUAUCUUCAGGCCUGGCUGCAAAGUGGCCUAAGGGCUGCUCCUCCUUUGGGUGUUCGGGGAGAAGGUCAGAGAGCCAGCCAUUGAAUUCAUGUCAGAAAUAGCCCCUGUUCCUCUUACUAGGGUACCCACUUGGAUAGUGAGCUACCAUGGGCUACAUCCGAGCAGGGGUUCUAGGUUAUAUACAUACAUGGUCCUUGGUUGGAGAAACAGUCUCAGAAAAGACCCCUGUGCCCAGAUGUUUUUCCUCCUUGUGAAGCUCCUGUCCUGUCCAGGUCAUAUUAACUCCCCCUUUUUCAUAUGAUUCCCUGUUCUCUGCCGAAGGUUUAGUUAUGAGUCUCAGCAUCUACUUUAAUAUACUGCUAGGUAAAGACUUUCAGAGGCCCUCAGUAGUAGGCUCCUGUUCUGUUACUUGUUUUCUCCUACAUCUGAUGUCCAUCCCCUUUGUCUUUCUAAGUGAGGGUUGAUCAUCUUACCCAGGGUGCUCUUUCUUGUUUAUCUUCUUUAGGUGUACAGAUUUCAGUAUGUUUAUCCUAUCUUAUAGGUCUAGUACCCACUUAUAAGUGAGUAUAUACCAUGUGUUUCUUCCUUUUUCUGGGAUACAUCACUCAGAAUUAUCUUUUCUAGAUCCCAUCAUUUGCCUGCAAAUUUCAUGAUUUUUUUUGUUUUGAAUUGCUGAAUAGUAUUCCAUUGUAUAAAUGUAUCAAAAUUUCUUUAUCCAUUCCUCAACUGAGGGUCAUAUCAAUCUGGCACUUUCUCAGACAGUUAGGAAUAGUGCUAUCUCAAGAUCGAGCUUUACCACUCCUAAGCAUAUAUCCAAAAGAUGCUCAAGGAUACAAGAGUAUUUGCUCAAAGUGGACAUUUUUACUCUAUCAAAUCUACUGAUCUAUGAACAUGGGAGAUCUAUUUUCUGAUUUCUUCUCUAAUUUCUUCAAACAUUUGAAAUUCUUGUAAUAUAAGUCUUUCACUUGUUUAGAGUUGCAUCAAGAUACUCUAUAGUUUUGUAGCUUUUGUGAGAAGUGUUGCUCCCUGCUUUCUUUCUCAGCUCCUGUGUCAUUUCUGUAUAGGAGGUAAGCUUGUUUGGGGCCACUCCACUGAAGGAUCAGUGUAGGAGUUCCCUGGUAUAAUUUUGAGGUUGCUUAUGUAUACUAUCAUGUCAUGUGCAAAUAAUGAUACUUUUACUUCUUCCUUUCUGAUUUCUAUUCUUUUAAUAUUUUUAAAUGUUGACACGAUUUAUUCAUAUCUUAAUAUUAUGAGAGAACUAACUGAAGAUUUUGUAACGAAAAGCUGAGUCAAUGAGGCCUUCCUUUUCCCAUCACAUUGAUUCAUCCUCCAGAAUUCACUUUUUAACUGGUUGUUCCCUCUUCCUUCCUGUUCUUUUUUAAUAUUUUAUUUUAAUUAUUAUUAAUUAUACUUUAUUCACUUUGUAUCCCCCCUGUAGCUCUCUCCCUCCUCCCCUCCCUAUCCUACCCUACCUUUCCCUUCUCUACCCCUGCCCCUACCCAAGUCCACUGAUAGGGGAGGUCUUCUUCUCUUUCCUUCUGAACCUAAUCUAACAGGUCUCAUCAGGAGUGGCUGCAUUGUCUUCCCCUGUGGACUUUUAAGGCUGCUUCCCCCUCAGAGGGAGGUGAUCAAAGAGCAGGCCAAUCAGUUCAUGUCAGAGACAGUCCCUGUUCCCAUUACUAUGGAACCCGCUUGGACACUGAACUACCGUGGGCUACAUCUGUGCAGGGGUUCUAGGUUAUCUCCAUAAAUGGUCCUUGGUUGGAGUAUCAGUCUCAGAAAAGAACGGUGUGCCCAGAAUUUUUGGUUCUGUUGCUCUUCUUGUGGAGCUCCUGACCUCUCCAGGUCUUACUAUGUUUUACAUCUUUCACAUGAUUCCCUGCACUCUGCCCAAAGGAUGUUCAUGAGUCUCAGCAUCUGCUUUGAUAUCCUGAAGGGUAGAGCCUUUUAGAGGCCCUCUGUGGUAAGCUCCUGUCCUGUUCCCUGUUUUCUCCCUUUUCCAAUGUCUAUCCUCUUUGCCUUUCUGGAUGUGGAUUGAGCAUCUUACUCAGAGUCCUCCUUCUUGAUUCGUUUCCUUAGGUGUAUAGAUUUUAGUAUGUUUUUCCUAUAUUAUAUAUCUAAUAUGCACUUAUGCGUGAGUAUAUACCCUGUGUGUCUUUCUGUUUCCGGGAUACCUUACUUAGGAUGAACUUUUCCAGUUCCCACCUGCAAAUUUCAUUAUUUCCUUGUUUAUAUUGCUGAGCAAUAUUCCAUUGUGUAUAGGUACCACAAUUUCUGUAUCCAUUUCUCAACUGAGGGGCAUCUGGGUUGUUUCCAGCUUCUGGCUAUUACAAAUAAAACUGCUACAAACAUGGUUGAGCAAAUGUCCUUGUUG